AAGCGAAAGCCGCCGCGAGGGCAGCGGCCGAGCUCCGCGCGGGAUGGGGCCGCGGGCGCCGCGGUGGCUCUGGACUCUGAGCUUCUGGUGCCUCCUGGGCCGCGGCGAAGCGGGUCCCCGCGCCAACGCCAUCCGCACCUGGCCGCGGAGCCGCGAGCAAGAGGCAGCCGCUUUCCGGGAAAGCCUUAAUAGACAUCAAUACUUGAAUUCUUUUUUUCCUCAUGAAAACUCCUCUGCCUUCUAUGGAGUCAAUCAGUUUUCUUAUUUGCUUCCUGAAGAAUUUAAAGCCAUAUAUUUAAGAAGCGCAUCUACCAGGUUUCCCAGAUACCCAGCAGAAGUACAGACGCCCAUUCCCAAUGUGUCAUUGCCACUAAGAUUCGACUGGAGGGACGAACAUGUUGUCACACAAGUGAGAAACCAGGAGAUGUGUGGAGGAUGCUGGGCCUUCAGUGUGGUGGGUGCAGUGGAAUCAGCAUAUGCCAUAAUAGGGAAGCCUUUGGAAGACCUGAGUGUGCAGCAAGUCAUUGACUGUUCAUAUAAUAACUACGGCUGUGAAGGAGGCUCUCCUGUCAGUGCUCUGAACUGGUUGAACAAGACUCAAGUAAAACUGGUGGGAGAUUCAGAAUACCCGUUUAAAGCCCACAACGGCCUGUGUCAUUACUUUUCCAGUUCACAUUCUGGAGUUUCAAUCAGAGGUUAUUCUGCAUAUGACUUCAGUGACCAAGAAGAUGAAAUGGCAAAAGCACUUCUUGCCUUUGGCCCUUUAAUAGUGAUAGUAGAUGCAGUGAGCUGGCAAGAUUAUCUGGGAGGCAUAAUACAGCAUCAUUGCUCUAGUGGAGAAGCCAAUCAUGCAGUUCUUAUAACUGGAUUUGAUAAAACAGGAGGUAUUCCAUAUUGGAUUGUGCGGAACUCAUGGGGAAGUUCAUGGGGAGUAGAUGGCUAUGCCCAUGUAAAAAUGGGAGGUAAUAUUUGUGGUAUUGCAGAUUCAGUUUCUGUUGUAUUUGUGUGACAUAUUGGAGACAUCAGGAGAUAGCUACAAAAAUGAAGAUUUUCAUAAUGCAAUGUAACAUUCUAAGCAUCACUCAGCUUCAAAUUUAGCAAGUACCUACAAAAUGCUAUCGGGCCUAGUAGUAUUGAAUUUACAGAAUGUCUGUUCUUUGAGAUACACAGACAACUAAAGUCUGAAGGAGUUCCAGUGCCUCAGCCUUUAGGGGAAUUUAUGAAGCAAGCUGGGGAAGAAGAUCAGAUUAUGAAAAAUUUUAGAUCCCACCACAUCUGAACAAACUACUGUUUGUUUUGGUUUGCUUGCUGUCUUUCUUUUUUUUUAUCAUUGUUGUCUGAUUAUUUUUAAUGAGGUACUUUGAUUAGGUGAAAUCAAAGAGACUCUAAGAAUUUGUUUUCCUUUGUGGGAUAUAAUCACUAGCCUUAGAUUACCCCUAUCUACACGAAUGGCUGACCUAAAGUGAGGCAGGUGUGCCGUUCACAAUUAUACUAGCAACUUUUUGAGAUGGAAUAUCAUAAAGACUCAAAAUACCAGGUGCUUUUCCUCAUCAAAUGGUGCUUAUCCCUUGAACAGUAGAAGGACCAUGUGCAAGGAAACAGAAGACCAAUCCCUUCCUAAAAGAAACAAACUGAAAUUCAAUGACCAUUAUGGAAACUGGGAGGUCAGAAGCCUCAAGUACCACUCCCUGCCAUGCUGGAAUUUUCUUUGCCGGGAAAUUCUUAUUGUUGAAAAGAAUCCAAUAGAUUUAACUUCUUACUUUUUUCUAACUGUAUUAGAGAACAAAGUAUUUUCCUACCUAUUCACUCUCUCUUAGUCUUUACUGCACAAUUCCCACAUUUUUCUCAUGGUUUAAUGCACUUGACUAAAGAAGUUGCCCUCAAUGUUUACCUUCCUUUUCUAUUUUCUAAUCACUUGGCUCCCUUGGGGUCUGGGUUUUUAUCCACAUAGGCUCCACCUCUUUCUUUCUCCCAUGAUUCUGGGCACCUCUCCUCUCAAGAGUCCUAUCUCCUAACCCAGCCUGUCAGUCAGAAUGUGAGCUUCCCAGGCCCUCUGACUUCUAGUUUUUCAUUUAGUUUUACUGGUCUCCCAUCCCAACUGCCUCUUUGUGUUUCCCCUUGGCGUUCACUUGGCUCCUGGAUCUUAAUGCCCCGUGAUCAUUCUGGUGUCAUUAAUUACAUAAGUGAUUUCAGGUGCUAUGCUGCUAAUGGGGUCAUGAUUAACUUGUGUCCUCAGCAGUGAUUGAUAAAUCUGUGUGCACAGAAGGGACAAAAAAAACUGUGUGCAGCUCCUACUCUGCAACCAGGAAACCAGCUACUCCUUGUAUAGCAGUGUUAAGAACCUCAUAGUAAAAGAGCUGAUCUUCCGAUUGAAUUUUAAGUAGAAAUUUUUUUUAAACAUCAAAGUAAUAAAUCGUAUCAAAUAUACACUGGUUACCCAUUUCUUCUCUCAAAUCCGUGAUUGCUUUUUAUUGCAGAAGAUGUUGACAAAAAUUUAAAAAAUUCUAGGACAUCUCAUUUUUCCUCAUUUUUUGUCCUUUAUCGUUCUCCUUUAUUAAGAAAAAAAAAUUUGUUUACUUACACCAGAAGCAAACACAAAAGAACAUUGUGGACUUGUUUAGAAAUAUUACAGGAGGGAAAAUAUUUACAUUUCAGUCGACAAGUAUUCUAAUGAUCAAGUAAGCUAGGAAGGAAUUGUUUUUGCUGAUCUAGUUUGUGUCAGGUUACAUAUAAUAUAAAUGCUUUGCUAAUAUUCUUUUUCAAAUACUAAGGGAUUUUUACAAUUUCAAAAUGACUAAUACUUCUCAGCUGUUCUGGAAUUUGAUAACAUUAAUAAAAAAGCUAUAUUUUUGAUCUUGGGUUAAAAAGAUAUUUUCUUAAGUGUAUGACUAACAUUUUGUCAACGCAGUAUUAAUGUGCUUUACAUUCACACACAAUUUUCCAAACUCCAAAGACAUAUAUCCAAUUUUUGGUUUUCUCCAUAAACAACUUUAACCUCAGUGCCUCCAAAACUCCAUCCUCCCUGUCAGUAAAUAAAUAAAUAAAUAAAACAACCAAAAAACUCCUUUUCCUGGAGUUUUGGUCAAGGGUAUCGCUACUAUGUAAUCACCAAAUCAAUAAAUUUAAAAGAAAUCCUACAUAUUCAAUCAAGUAAACUACACUUUGGAAACCCAUACUUUCCUCCUCUGCCAUCUCUCCAUUUCUGUUGUCCUUUGUGAAAUAAAUGGUCUUUUAAAAUCUCUUAA